AUGCGCGAAAAGAGUGAGACCGCAAGCACGGUAAAACGAGACAACCUAGGUCUCUCGUCUGUGUGGACAUUCACGCAUAAAACCAGCUGGUUCCAUUCUGUCUCUCUCGAUGGCUUACUAAACUCGUCUGUAUCUGUUAUAAAAUAUCAAACUGUAAGGUAGUGAAGUAAGGAACAAAAGAGCCCAUUUUUGAAGACUUUAAAUUUAAAUCUGAUUGAUUAAUUACUUAUAUACAUAGAUACAAAUACAUGAUACAGGUAAAGGUUUUUAGUUGGCAAAUUCCGAAAUCUUUUUCGAGGUUAUGGCUACAUCCGAAACAACAGUUAAUAAAGAGAGAAACAACUUUUUAGCGGCAUAUCAUAUUUUAAAAUUUUCUCAAGCCGAGAAAGAUGACACAGAAUUUGCAGAUCUUGAACGUAGAUGUCUUGCCACAAAAUAUUUCACCGCAAAACAAUUUGAAUCAGAGGACAUGGCAAUAUGUUUACUUCGAAGAAGCCUAAAAGAUUAUCAAAGUUUAAUGGAAAAUAAAAAUGGAGUUAACAAUUAUUGGAAACAGUUCAAAGCUCAAAUUCCAAAAAUCAACAAUAAUCCACAGAAAUGGAAGACUGGAUUAACUGAUACAGAAACAGCAUUGAAUUUUGUAAAGUCUUUACCUUGCCAACCUGACAAUACACUGCCAUGUAAAAAAAGGGUAGUCAACGAUAAGCAUAUUGAAAAUAUUAUAAAUACUUGGAAAAAUAAAGAAUUCUUAGUACGAAGUAGGAAAGUUAGUGCACAAACUAAACUUAAUCUUAGUCCUGGUAUAAAUAUAGGCACCAAAGAGAGGUCAGAAAGUAAUACUUUAAAUGAAAUAGAACGAUCUUCCUUCUCAUCUGCAUCAAGUAACUCUAUAGAAGAAAGUAGCAACACUUAUGUAAGUUACAAGAAACAUGAAUCUAUAAAAGCUACUUUAACAAGUCAAGAACACCAACGCUUUGCAUCCCACCAACGACCUGCCAAGUUUGUAAGAGAGAAUUCUUAUAAUGCACAUAAAAAUAAUCAUGAAGCACCAAAUACUUCUAAAAAUAAUGUAAAAUCAAAAUCACAAGUUUUUAUUCAAAAUGCUAAAGAAGAUUCUGAAGCAUCUAAACCGAAAACAAACUCCUUCAAGACGGCUAGAGAUGAAUUAACAGUACAACAGAUGAAAGCUAACAAACCAGGACAGAAAAAGACACUAGGUGGUAAAGCAUCUGUCAAUUCUCGAUUUGUAUGUCCUUUUAGGAAAGAGAAAGAAAAAGCUCAAGCCCCUGAUAACAUGUACAACAAUGACACUGAAACAAUGGAAGUAGAGGAUGAAAGAUUAAAGAACAUUGAACCAAAAAUGAUAGAGCUGAUAAAGAAUGAGAUAAUGGACUGCAAAACAACAGUUUCUUGGGAUGAUAUUGCUGGAUUACAAUAUGCAAAAAAGAUUAUCAAGGAAGUAGUUGUGUAUCCUAUGUUGAGACCUGAUAUUUUUACUGGUUUAAGAAGACCUCCUAAAGGAAUUUUAUUAUUUGGUCCCCCAGGUACUGGUAAGACACUUAUAGGCAAGUGCAUAGCAGCUCAAAGUAAAUCAACGUUUUUUUCGAUUUCUGCAAGCUCGUUGACCUCUAAGUGGAUAGGAGAAGGAGAAAAAAUGGUCAGGGCAUUAUUCGCUGUUGCCAGAGUUUAUCAACCAGCGGUUAUUUUUGUAGACGAGAUUGACUCCUUGCUCACACAAAGAUCUGAGACUGAACACGAAAGCUCUAGGAGACUGAAAACUGAGUUUUUAGUACAACUGGAUGGAGCCGCCACCGCAGAGGAAGAUCGUAUUUUAAUUGUGGGAGCAACGAACAGACCUCACGAGCUAGACGAGGCAGCACGUAGAAGACUCGUUAAACGCCUCUACGUUCCCUUACCAGAAUUCGAAGCUCGUAAACAAAUUAUAAAUAACUUAUUGAUAACAAUUCCACAUAAUCUUACAGAAGAAGAAAUUAAUCACAUAGCUGAACAAUCACAGGGAUAUUCGGGGGCGGAUAUGUGCAAUUUGUGCAAAGAAGCUAGUAUGGGACCAAUAAGGAGUAUCCCAUUUAGUCAGUUGGAGAAUAUUAAAAAAGAGGAUGUCAGACAUAUAACAGUCGACGAUUUCAAGGAGGCACUGAUUUACGUACGUCCUAGUGUAUCGGAAUCCAGUCUAACGACUUAUGUUGAGUGGGAUUCUAUAUAUGGUACUGGAACUGCACAGAAUUAUAAAGUAAUUGAGAACUGCUGAAACUAUAAUUACCUGCGAUGCAGACAACCCUAUCCGGUUUAAAUAUAUAAAAACGACGAAUUCUUGUGUUUGGCGGUUCAGCAAGAGUCCAAGUUACAUACUUCUUACUUCCACCAUCCAAAUUUAAAUGCACAAAAUGCUCCCGUGUGUAAAGGUGUACCUUAAUUAUGACAUUUUAUUAUUUAAAUUUAUUGAAUUGACUUAACAAUCUGUCGAAUAAUACUGAAACUACUACCUUAUCAUUAUCUGCACCAAUAGCAAUAACUUUAGUUGUAUUAAAUUCAUAUAUUGUUUUAGGUAUUGGCCCUUCGACAAUUAUCAUAUUACGGACAGCAGUAUAACAAUAACUGUAACUUGUACUAUUAAACAUUUAUUACUUAAUAACAAUUGGAAUAGUUAUGUUA